AUGUCUAAAUUAUCUGAUGAUUGUUUAAAGUCAUCACCAACACUAAUUGCACUUCGUGAUUGGAUAAACGAAACAAACAAAUCAGAAGAAGUGUCUAUUAACUUGGAAUCUCCUACUCCAAUCUCUACAUUUUUCUCUUCAUUCAAAGAUGGUGUUGCUCUUUGUAAAUUAAUCACAAAAUUGAAAGGACGUUUCGUAAUGUUCAACAAGAAUCCGAGAGGAAUGGAAUUUAUGGAACAAGAAAAUUGUGAAACCUUCCUAAAGGAAAUUAAAUUAUUAUUGACAAACAACAGUGAACUAUCAACAUUUAAUUCAAAGGAUUUCCACAAAUUAUGUGCUACCUUUGAUGAAAAAUCACCAAUUAUUGCUGGAAUUUUGAGAGGUCUAGUUGACUUGUCUGAUUAUGCAUCCCAAAAACAAUACAAAGGUCCACUCUUGACUAUUAAUCCAGAUUCAGUAACAUUUGGGAAAACAUUUAGUAUCAGUUCUAUUAAAUCAAAUGAAAAAGUUGAAACACCAGUUGCUUCAUCAUCAAAAGCUACCUCACCAGUUUCUUCUAUUAACAAAUCACCAGUUGAGGAAAAAACAGAACAAACUACCCCAUCAUCUAAAAUGGAAAUUGAUAAGGAAUUGAAACAAUAUAAACAAGAACAACUCGAUUUAAUUAAACAACAAGUUGAAAAGUUUAAAUUAAUAGAAGAGGAUAAAAUUAAAAGAGAACUCAAACAAAUGAGACAACAAAUGGUUUUAGAUCUUCAAAAAGAACAACGUGAAAUGGAGAGGGAUAUGAAAAAGUCAAUGGAAAAUCAAGUUAAACCACAACCUGUCUCUAAAACAGUUGUUACCAGAGAGAAACGUAUUAGUAUUGAGUUGUCAAAAGAUGAUGAUUUUAAGAGUUCAUUAAAAUCAACAAGUCAUUCACAUGAUUCUGCUGAUCAUGAAACUAUUAUCAUGUUAAAGAAGAAGAUUGAUGAUUUGAAUGAAAAGUUAAUUGGAACUGAAGUUAAAUAUGAAAAAUUAUUGGAAGAUAUGAGAGACCAAUUGACAAGAAAAAAGAAAGAAGUUGAAAGAUUGGAAGAAGAAAACAUGUUACUUGCCAAACGUUUAAAGAAACUUAAAUCUCAAAAACUCACUGAUGGUUUGGAAGAAUUGGAUAAGGAAGAUGUUUCAUCAAAGAGUAUUAAAUCUCUUCACACUCUACUUGCUACGACAAAUAUUGAAGAGGACGAUUGUGAUGCUCCUCCAACUUUUAAAUCCUCAACAAAUUCUCAAACACAAUCCAACACACAACAACAACAGCCUGCCAUAAAGACAAGAGAGGCACUUCCAUCUGUUAGAUUCAUCUCACCUCCACUCAAGAUUAAAUCACCAGAAAAUGAUGAAUUAAUCGAUGAUGAAGCCAUUCAAGUGGAUGAUCCAAGUCUAUUGGAAAUGUCUGAUGACGAUGAGGAAGAAGAUGACUUUAGUAAUAUCAAAUUUGAAACUCCAGUUCUCAGAAAGACUGCUGUCCCAAAUGCUGAACCAAUUCAUCGUUCCUUCGAUGAUGAAGAAGAACUCUUUGAAAGUUCGUAUGCAGACUUGAAAUCCUCCUCAAAGAAGAGUAACAACAAAUCUAAGAAAUCAGUUUUUAGUUCUGCAGUCGUAGAAGAUUAUUAAAUUAUUAUUUCACUCUU